UAUUUGUUAUGUUAUAUUGGAGCGAGCAGAGAUAUUUUACAAUCUAAAUUCAGAACUUUUAUAAUCUUUCGUCAAAAACUUAAAAUUAAAUACUCUAUAAGCCUAAAGAGUUAAACUGAAAAGUGAAGUAAUAUUUUUGUGAAUUUACUAGUCAUUACAAUACAGGUAUUUUUCAGAACAGAGGAGAGCCUGUACAUACCAAAGCUUUUGCCAACAUCCUCAGGCUCAAGUGUAUAAUAGUAGUAAAAAAAGUAAUUUACAUUGGUACUUGAUGUUAUAUUAAAGGCGGCGGGGGCGAUAAUAAAAUUAGUUUCAUCUGCCCAGUUUCAUCAUUGUGAUUAGUGAUUUGGAAUUAUAGUACUAUGCUUCCUGUACAGUGUACUGCACACUCAUGAACUUGCUAUGAUGGAACUCCAUAACUGGAUGCAGGAGACCCUUUGCUGUGGCAUUACUAAACACCUCUAAGCAUGAAAAUCUAAAUUAGUCUUUCAUUGUGAAAACAGGUGUGGAAUGUUUGCAUGUAACCUCAACAGUUUCAUUGUUCAGUCUUCAAAACUAGUAAAAUGGCCUAUUUAAUCUUUGGAAAUGAAGUUUGAAAUUUACUUCUGUGGAAGUAUUCGAGCAGGUCGUCAGGAUGCUGAGAUUUAUCGGAGAAUAAUUUCUAAACUUAAGAAAUAUGGAACAGUCUUGACUGAGUUUGUUGGAACUAAUGAUGAUUCUAAAGAAGGGGAAUCUCACACAAAAGAAAGAGAGUUAUCAGACAGUGAAAUUCAUGAAAGAGAUAUUCGUCUUUUAGAGCAAUGUGAAGCUCUUGUAGCAGAAGUGACUCAGCCAUCACUUGGUGUUGGUUAUGAAGUGGGACGAGCUGUGGUUCUUAAGAAGCCCAUUCUAUGUCUUUUCCGACCUUCAUGUGGCAAAAUUCUUUCAGCAUUAAUACGGGGGAUCCAUAAUGAAGAGGAUAUUAUUAUCAAAGAUUACAAAGAAUCUGAUUUGGAUGAUACACUGCAGGAAUUCUUUGAGAAAGUUCAGAAAAUGCAAGAAAAAAACAAAAAGUAAUCUUUAGAAAAAACCAGCUUGAGCUCUGCCACUGCCAAUUUUAAAUUUGUUAAUAACUUGAGGUUAAAAUUUAAUAAAUACAUCAUUAUUAGUACAAUUAAUGGAUUAGUUAUCAUUAACCUGUAUAUUAUUUCCACAAGAUGUCAGCUGUUGAUAGUUGCAGGUAUUGUGGUGACAAAGAAAAUUUUUAUUUUUCAUUUGAGAGUUAGGAUUAUCUUGGACUUUAUAUAGGUCUCUUAGGAUUAUUUAACUCGUAUUCAUCUUUUUAAAAAUGUUCAUCAGGAUAACUGAAGACAACAGAAGUUUUAGCAUAUGAACCAUUGUGUAUUAUUAGAUAAGUGAGAUAUUUAUUAAGCACAACAAAAUAAUAAUGAAAAUCAACCUUGAAAUUACAUUAUCAUGAUUAUUCAAUAAUAUAACAAUGUUGCAAAACAAUAUUUUGAUGAUUGCAAAUGUGAGGAUAUAAGUGAUUAGGUGGAAAUUUUAAUUACUAUUGUGAAGAGCAUACAUUUUGCAUUAUUUUAUAUUUUUGGAGUGAAACUGAUUCAAGUUCAUUUUGAAUGUUGUUUUUAGUUAAUAAUAGGGCAACAUGGAAAGAAUUGUCUCAAGUUUUUCUAGCACAAUCUGUUUAAGAAUCAAAAUAACACUAAAAAGUUGUUCAAUUAUUUUUUAGAUUAAGCAGAUUAUCAAAUUUUAUGUAAUAUUAGAUAGAUCCUUUUAGCACUUGUGAGAUAAUUGUCUAAAAAUGAUGAUGUAUUCAUUAUUUGCUGAUUCUAGAUUUUCUAAGUUUGUACCACUCUUAGUAUUUAUGAAUUGAAUGGGAUCAAGUGGUUAGGGCAUUCUGAAUUGUUUGUAUUUAGUAUUUUUUGCUUUAUCUAAUGAAAAGUAAUUCAAGUUUAGGUAAUAUAAUUACAGCUCACCACUCAAUAACAAAAAAAUUAUUUUUUAAGUCAUCUGUCAUUGAUCUUUGCUUUGGUUCUAUGAAAUAAACCAUUGUUGAAAAAAUAA